AUGGCGAGUGCUCAGCCAGGGGUCCAUGCAUUAAAACUCCAGCCUCCCUCCGUCUCUCAAACACUGAGGAACGGAAGCAACUUCAUUAAAUGGGAUGAGGAUCUGUCUACGGUGACUCCAGUGAUUCUACACGUGGACCCACAUGGAUUUUACCUCUACUGGACCGACCAAAAUAAGGAUACAGAGUUGUUGGACCUGACCCUCGUAAAAGAUGUCCGAACAGGGAGAAGCACCAAAACUCCCAAGGAGGCCAAGCUACGCGAGCUGAUGGAAGUAGGAAACCUGGUCGGCCGGCUUGAGAAUCGCAUGGUUACCGUAGUUACGGCUUCAGACCUUGUGAACGUCAACCAGCUCAACUUCAUCGCCUCACAGGAGGAGGAAGCUAAGGUGUGGUGUGUGGAACUGUUUUCUCUGUCUUCCAACCUGUUGAGCCACAAUCUCAACAGAGACCAGAGUCUGUUGAAAGCGUAUGUCAAAUUAACUCUCCAGCCGAACGCCGAGGGGAGAAUUCCUGUCAAGAACUUUGUUCGACUGUUUUCAUCAGACAGGAAGAGAGUAGAGACUGCCCUGGAGAACUGCAGACUGCCCUACGGACGGGGUGACAGUAUCAAACUGGAGGACUUCACACUUGAAGUGUACAGGAGCUUUUUGGACUUUCUGUGUCCCCGUCCUGAGCUCAGCAACAUCUUUAAACUACAAGGAUGGGAUGACAACAUGCUGUCACUCGAUCAGAUGACCGAGUUCAUUAACAACAAGCAGAGAGACCCGAGGCUGAAUGAAAUCCUCUACCCGCCUCUCCGUCCUGCACAGACACACUCUCUGAUGGAGCGGUACCAAUAUGACCAGACACAGUUGAAGCAAGGAGUUAUCUCUCUCCAGGCGUUCUCCAGUUAUAUCUCCAGUGACGAGAACGGAAUCAUCCCACCAGAAAAACUGGAUCAGUCUGAAGACAUGAGCUUCCCCCUGUCUCACUACAUCAUCAACUCAUCCCAUAAUACAUACCUGACAGCGGGCCAGCUGGCGGGGAGCUCCUCGGUGGAGAUGUACCGGCAGGUUCUUCUGGCUGGAUGCCGCUGUGUGGAGUUAGAUGUGUGGAAAGGACGAACUGCUGAGGAGGAACCUGUCAUCACACACGGGUUCACCAUGACAUCGGAAAUCCCUUUUAAGGAAGUGAUUGAAGCUAUUGCAGAGUGCGCCUUCAAGACCUCACCUUUCCCCGUCAUACUCUCCUUUGAAAACCACGUUGACUCUUUGAAGCAGCAGGCGAAAAUGGCUGAAUAUUGUCAAUCUAUUUUUGGAGAAGCGCUGUUGAUUGACCCUCUGGAAAAAUACCCUCUGGAGGCGGGUGUCCCCCUGCCCAGUCCUCAGGAGCUGAUGGGAAAAAUUCUCAUCAAGAACAAGAAAUCCCACAAACCCUCCAAUAACACAGACACCAAAAGACUGGCAGACCAACCUGCCAAUCAGAGCAACGACCCAGUGUCUCCUAGCAACAACACAGGAGGUAAGACACAAAGACAAAAGGACUUUUUUUCAGCCUAGAAAUCCAUGAGUGAAGAGACGAUGAGGAUGAAGACUUGUUUAACUUUAAUUUUAACAGAGAUGGAGGCUGAGAGUGAGGAAGAUGAUGAUGAUGAAGAUGAUGAUGGUAAAAAGGGCUCAGCAGAGCGAGAGGCAGUGGCUACAGAGGAAAUGUCAACUCUGGUCAACUAUGUCCAGCCAACCAAGUUCAACUCCUUUGAAGCCUCCAAGAAGGCAGCCCGCUGUUACCACAUGUCGUCUUUUGUGGAGACCAAAGCUUUGGAGCAUCUCACAAAGUCACCAGUGGAGUUUGUGGAAUAUAAUAAAUCUCAGUUGAGUCGUAUCUAUCCGAAAGGAACCAGAGUCGACUCAUCCAACUUCAUGCCUCAACUCUUUUGGAACGCUGGCUGUCAACUCGUGGCUCUCAACUACCAAACUAUAGAUUUGUCCAUGCAGCUGAAUCUCUUCAUGUUCGAGUACAACGGUCGGAGUGGCUACAGACUGAAGCCGGAGUUCAUGAGACGGCCGGACAAACACUUUGACCCUUUCACAGAAAACACGGUGGAUGGCAUCGUAGCCAACACCCUCUCUGUGAAGGUGAUUUCAGGCCAGUUCCUGACUGAGCGGCGGGUGGGUGUGUAUGUGGAGGUGGACAUGUUUGGACUUCCUGCAGACACCAGGAGGAAAGCGCUGAAGACCAAAACCUCCCAGAACAACAACGCCAUCAACCCAGUGUGGGACGAAGAGCCGAUUGUCUUCAAAAAGGUGAUUCUUCCAACUCUGGCCUCUCUGAGAAUCGCUGCUUUUGAGGAAGGAGGGAAGUUUAUUGGUCAUCGGAUUAUUCCAGUGUCUGCCAUAAGACCAGGUUAUCGUUACAUCAGCUUGAGGAAUGAGAAAAACCAGUCUCUGAUUCUACCAGCUGUGUUCGUCUACAUCGAGGUCAAAGAUUACGUCCCAGACACCUUUGCCGAUGUUAUAGAGGCUUUGUCCAACCCUAUUCGAUACGUCAACCUCCUGGAGCAGCGGUCCAAACAGCUGGCGGCUCUGACUCUGGAGGACGUGGAGGAGGACACACAUACUGAGGAUGAGGCGGACAGCUGUGCAGAACGUAAGAACGAUGUGAAAUCAGCUCCUCUGGAGAACGGGCUCAGCCCCGCCCCUGGCCCUGCAGGCCACGCCCCCAUGACGCCCAAAGCCUCCGCAGCCAAUCAGCAAGCAGCUACCACAGAAGCAGUCAAACCAGCAGCAAAGAGUGAAGAUCUGGUUUUAAGUGUUUUGAUAGAUGUUCAAGUGUGCACCAUAGAGAGUCUUCAGCAGUCAAAGGUUUACCAGAAGGAGCAGAGGCGUCAGUUUAAAGAGCUGAAGGAGUUAGUGAGGAGGCACCAGAAGAAAACCUCCGAGCUCCUCCGAGAGUUCAACAACAAGCACAAGAAGGUGGCCAGACAGUGCAGCAAGAGCAGGGCUUCGUGUUCGGACGGUGAGAAAGACGAGCGCCUCCAGCAGCUGAGAGAUGAGCAAGAGCAGCAGCUUCUGGCUCUGAGGCAGGAACAGUACUACAGCCAGAAAUAUCUACAGAGAGAACAUAUUAAAACGCUGACAGAGCGACUGAGCAGUCUGGCUGAGGAGAGUCACAACAGCCAGAUGAAGAAACUCAAAGACAUCUGUGACAAGGAGAAAAAAGAGUUGAAGAGACAGAUGGAUCGAAGGAGAACAGAGAAGAUCAACCAAGCAAAGACCAAAGAGAAACAUCUGGCUGAAGAGGAGAAGAAUGAGAUCAAUAAGUCCUACGUCAAUGAAGUCGUCCAGAAUAUAAAACGGCUUGAGGAGACUCAGACAAAGCGCCAUGAUCAGCUGGUGGAACAGCACACUGAGCUCCUGCAGGGGAUACAAGACCAGAAACCAAAGCUGCAAGGGGCCGUGGAGGCAGAGUUUCAGGAUAAGUUCCAGUGUUUGCCCGGAGAGAUUCAAGCAUACCUGCAGGACAGGAAGACGGAGGUUAGAGGACACAGCAAGUCCCGACCAUCGACCCCACACGAAACGCUGUCAGAGGAGGACUGAGGAAGAACAACAUGUGACCAGGAGUGAUGAAGAAGAAGAGUCGAUGAAUCAGUGGAAGUAGAGGAAGUAAGAGGGAAACGUUGAGGAAAGGAUAGUGAGUCUUAUUUAGACUGUUACU